AUGGUAGGCUGGAAAAGUACACAGACAUUAUUUUUCCUUCCAGUUGUUGUGGCUGAAAAAGUACCAUUCUCAACUAAAAGUCUUUCUACAUCUCUAGGAAAACUUCACAUAACCCCAAAUUCUGAGAUGGCUCUUACCAUGAAGGAGACUUUGGAAGUAUGGGAGAGUUCUGCCAUGACUGGGGAAAGCAAAAAGUGUUUAACUUCACUAGAGUCUAUGAUUUACUACACUACCACUCAAAUUGGAACCAAUGACCUCGAUGUUUUUGUAACCAAUGUUUCCAAGACUAAAUCAGGAUUGCAACAAUAUUCCCUUCCUUCAAUUCCCUUCGAAAGCAAAUCCACUUCCAGAUUUGUAGCUUGCCACCCAAUAGGGUAUCCAUAUCUGGUAUACUUUUGUUAUCAGAUACAGGACACAAGAAUGUUCCAGCUUUCUUUCAAGAGUGAUGAAGGAAAUAUUGCACAAAUGGUAGCUGUUUGUCAUUAA